CAGUACAGUCGGUAAUUCGGUAUAAAAACCAGAGCAUUACUUGACGAAAUUAUUCAGUUGCCAACUUUAAUAGCAUCAACAUGUACGCCAAGCUGAUCGUUGCCCUUUGUGCCGUGGGUCUUGCCCAUGCUGGUGGCCUUUUGGGAGCCGCACCUCUGGCAUAUUCCAGCCACGCCAUCGCUGCCCCAGCAGUGGCAACAUACGCAGCUACGCCCCUCCUGACUAAGACCAUCGCUCCCGCCGUGUCCUCAGUUUCCUCUUACUCUUCCCACACUUCCCAUGGCUCUCCCAUCACGACUUACGCCGCCGCCCCCGUCGUAGCUAAAAGCUACGCUGCUCCCGCCGUGGCUGCCUACGCUGCACCAGCCGUCGCUGCGUACUCUGCUCCUGCAGUCGCCGCAUACUCUGCGCCUGCGGUCGCCGCAUACUCCGCCCCCAUCGUGACUAAGACCAUCGCUCCCGCCGUAUCUUCUGUAUCCUCCUACUCGACCCACACCGCUCAUGCAUCUCCCAUUGCGACCUACGCCGCCGCCCCCGUAACUUCUUAUGCCGCAGCACCUGUGGCCUCUUAUGCCGCUGCUCCAGUAGCUGCUUACGCCGCUGCCCCUGUGGUCGCUAAAACGAUCUCCACAUACGCCGCACCCGCUGUUUCACAGAUCGCCUACAGCGGACACGGUGCCAACUAUGGUUGGUAAAUGUAAUCUAUUUAAAAUUAAUUAAAUAAUAAAACAAUUACCUGUGAUAAA